AUACAAAAAAAGUUUCGAUGGAUGGUAAAGCAAGUAAAUAUGCAGUUACGUAUUCAAAUUUACGUGUAAACAAGCAAUUUAAAACGUUGAAAGAACAAGAAAAGUAUAAAAAGAGGUUUAAAAACAGUCUCAAAAGUAAUAAGAAUAAAUGGCAGUUUACAAAUAAUGGAUUUGAAUCAAAGGUAUUCAUUUCUAAACAUAGGUUAAAACAUAGAUUUGAUAUUCUUAAGAAACAUUAUAUAUCAGAAAAAGAAAUGGAGUUUCUGGUAGAUCAAGUUACAAGUAAAAAAGGAUACAAUAUGUUAAAAGAUGAUAUUUUUAUAAAUCAUUCUUUUAAUGAAGAACAUUUUUUUGAAUUAAGAAAGAAAAAAGAAGCUUCUUCAGAACA